AUGCAGCUCCUGAACAACGAGGGCUCCCUGCUCGCCUAUUCCGGCUACGGGGACACAGACGCCCGCGUCACCGCGGCCAUCGCCAGCAACAUCUGGGUGGCCUAUGACAAGAACGGCCACCAGGCCUUCAACGAGGACAACCUCAAGUUCAUCCUCAUGGACUGCAUGGAGGGUCGGGUCGCCAUCACGCGCGUGGCAAACCUGCUGCUGUGCAUGUACGCCAAAGAGACGGUCGGAUUUGGGAUGCUGAAAGCCAAGGCGCAAGCUCUUGUCCAGUACCUGGAGGAGCCGCUGACGCAGGUGGCCGCGUCCUGA